AUGGUCUGCUUUUCCACGGGGUUCUUCAUUGGUUUGGUGGUACGUACGAUUAAUACCACCCAACAUACUUUCUCUGAAGUUAUAGAAGCUUUCAGUAUUAGCGAUGAGAAACUUAUUCAUGUGCCACUUCCUGAAGAAUCCACUCCAUUAGCUCGCAGAGUAUGUAAAAGUGUGGGAAUGUUGGAAGACUGCCUUUGCUUAGUUGUUAGCAUGCUUGAUAUCCGUACUGAUGUAUGGGUGAUGCAGAAGUAUAGGGUGAGAGAAUCUUGGACUAAGAAAAUCACUAUUUCCCAAUCAGCCAUCACCAAAUCUUGUUAUCCAAAGCUGAUAUGGGCUCGCAAUGAUGAUUCAUCUCAUAGGAGUAGUCUUUCAGCUGCAAAUGUUACUUGGGUGAAGUUGACUUGGGAGCCAAAGUUUCUUUUGGUGAGUAAGGUGGAAUUCCUGAAGGGUAUUCAUGUUUUCCACUCAUAA